AGAGAGAGAGAGAUACCAGGAAGGUUUUUCUGGUUAAGCAGAUUUGAGUCACUGGAAGAGUAGGUGCCCCAUUUGUAUCUGAAGGGAUUAAAGUGUCCAGGCCUUACUAGGGGGAAGAGUCCAGAAGGCAUCUGUAUGAUGGGUCUGGACUUGUGCUGUCUUCAACACCCCUACUAUCUUCUGAGGUAACAACCUGUUGACAGUCAUGCUAUGAGAGUGAGCCAAGCCAGGGAACCAAAUACAGGUUUCUGCUCUCUCUCUACCCCAUGAUGUUGGCCAAUUUGUGCCAGGAUGGAGCAAAUGCUAGAAAGUUCAAGUGCCCCUCUGAGGAGUUUCUCAAUUCAAUUAAGCCAAUUAAGGUCUAAAAGAUGAAAGAGCACAGAAAUGGUACAUUCCCUGCCCUUUUGAUGCCUACAGGCCAUUCUCCGCAGCUACCCCAGGCCAGAAACUCUAUCAGGCCUACAGAACUGAUAGGCCUGGUCACUUCUGUUCUUGGCCAUUUCAGUGAUGGCUUCUGUCCUUAUUAAAACUGGAGGAGGCCAUCAUCCAGGUUUACAAACAACCCAGGGAUUAAGAGAAUAUGCCUUCUGCUUUCUACAGCAGCCAAGAGUCACUCAAAGGGGGCCUCCUCUUAACUGAUGCCUUCUAUCUGAACUGUGGCCUGUUGGGUAAAUGAAGAUGAGGAAAGUUUGAGCAACCACAUUUAUUAGCUUCAUGCUGUCCAGGAUAGUUCUGCCACCUUCUAGAGCUCCAAGAUCCUUCUCUGUAGACCAGGUGCCCAGUCACUAAUUCCUCCAGCCCCAUCACCAUCUGGGAUAGACCACUCAGUGCACUUUGGCAACUCAGUGGUCAACAAUGUGUCUCAAGGAAUUAAGGAUGCAAGUAAAGGUACUUCUGUUCGUGGCUAUGCCCAGCUCUGCGAAGUAGUAAUGGAUCAUGGGAUCUUGGGCUCAACAGCAAUUAAUUAUGACUGGAAAACAAACUGGUAAAUACAUUCUAGAGAACUGUGACUAAUGGAAGCCAUUGGAUGUCAGCAGGUGGUGAUGAGAGAGAAGGAUGUGUUGUUGGAGCUCAGAGAUGGUCUCUGGUAGACUGAGUGAUGGCCACUGGUAGGCUGGUGGGGGAACAGGCCAAGGGCAGAGGAAGAGUUGGAAGGUGCUUUGAAGGAAUUUGGUCUUCUUGAUUGGGGCUGGAGAGUGAAACAGUGUGUGGCAGAACCAAUCGUGGAUUAUAGGAAGAAUUUCCUGGAGUGAUGGUGCCCAAGCCAGGGGAAGUAGUUUUCAGGGCAGCGUGGCCACUAGUUGCUAGCCCGAAGGGAGAUCUCUCUGCUGGCAGACAGGAUGUCACGUUUGCUUAGUGGAAGAUGGGGAAAAGGGAGCCAGCCACGACUGGUAGUCAGGGUAUUGGGGGAUACUGACGUGGGGAGGACGACUUGACACCUGAAUAGUCACACAGGAGCAGGGGUGCUAUGAGCUCCAGCCCCUCUGGCUAUAGGGAGGUAAUAUGGUUCAUCAAACCAAUGGCUUUACCUCUCUACCCAGGGUCCUUACUAUGAGGCACCGAAGGUCCAGCCAUCUUCAGCAAUGACAGCAUUCCGAAAUCAGGAGUACCUCUACACUUCAGGUCAGGGACAAGGAGGAGGAGGAGGAGAAAAAUGCUUCAGUUACAUUAGGGGAGCCCCGUCCUCCUCCAGGGCUCCUGGGUCUGGGUGACUGUAGUAGUGACCUACAGGUACCUGCUCUGAAGAACAUGCACCCAUCUCAGAGUUCACCCAAUAGGCUGUUCACUUCACACCUCAAGCCUAAGAGCACCCCUAUUUCCAGGUGGGCAAAAUGGUUGAAAAGAUUAAUGGCUUCCAAGGAGUAAAAUCCUUCAUCUGGCUUCCCUUUCACAAAGAGUCCCUGUGGAGUCCUUAGGCAACUCAGUUGGGGACAUGCAGGUUCUCAGAUGGAGCCCUGAGGCUUCAAGCUUGGGGUGAGUGAAUGUAGUACUGAGAACUUGUAUAUGAGAGCGUCAGAGCCUGAGGCAAGUACUGGCCACCCCUCCACAAGGGCUGAAAGGGCUUCAGGGCCAAUGAGGAAGGAUUCUCCCAUGUUUCCACUUGCCAGUACUUGGGUACUUAUAGCCCUGUUGAUCUGGCCUUUCCUAGCAGCCUUGCCUGACUAGGGACUGAGAAGCUGACUCACUGGUGUAGGGGGCGGGCUGUGCUGGCUGAAAACAGUGUCUACCCUGACAAACCAGACCCAUUCAUCUUCUCCAGCAGCCAGCAGGCUGAGGGUGUCAGAAGCAGAGGACAGAACUCAAACCUGACAGGUGUUCACACUUAGCCUCUUUCCCACCACCACCUUGCCUCACCUCAGCACUGGGAUCCUAGGUGGCCACCUGUCCCUAGCUACGACUGAGUCGAAGCUGCACCUGUGAGGAGGCCUGACAGACAGGAUGGGUGACAUGGCGAACAGUUCCAUUGAGUUCCACCCCAAGCCCCAGCAGCAGCGGGAAGUGCCCCAUGUGGGUGGCUUUGGGUGCACACUAGCAGAGCUACGCAGCCUCAUGGAGCUCCGAGGUGCCGAAGCACUGCAGAAGAUCCAGGAAGCCUAUGGAGAUGUCAGCGGGCUGUGCAGGAGGCUGAAGACCUCGCCUACUGAGGGCCUGGCAGACAACACCAAUGACUUGGAGAAACGCAGGCAGAUCUAUGGGCAGAACUUCAUCCCCCCCAAGCAGCCCAAGACCUUCCUGCAGCUGGUGUGGGAAGCCCUGCAGGACGUGACUCUCAUCAUCCUGGAGGUGGCUGCCAUCGUCUCCCUGGGCCUCUCCUUCUAUGCACCACCUGGAGAGGAAAGUGAAGCCUGUGGGAAUGUGUCUGGUGGGGCAGAGGACGAGGGAGAGGCUGAGGCUGGCUGGAUCGAAGGGGCUGCCAUCCUACUCUCUGUCAUCUGUGUGGUGCUGGUCACGGCCUUCAAUGACUGGAGCAAGGAAAAGCAGUUCCGAGGUCUUCAGAGCCGUAUUGAACAGGAACAGAAGUUUACUGUCAUCCGAAAUGGGCAGCUCCUCCAGGUCCCUGUGGCAGCACUGGUGGUAGGGGACAUUGCCCAGGUCAAAUACGGAGACCUUCUGCCUGCCGAUGGUGUGCUCAUCCAAGGCAAUGACCUCAAGAUCGACGAGAGCUCCCUGACUGGCGAGUCGGACCAUGUGCGCAAAUCAGCAGACAAAGAUCCUAUGCUACUCUCAGGCACUCAUGUCAUGGAAGGUUCUGGAAGAAUGGUGGUAACAGCUGUUGGUGUGAACUCCCAGACAGGCAUCAUCUUUACAUUGCUUGGAGCUGGUGGAGAGGAGGAGGAGAAGAAAGACAAGAAAGGCAAGCAGCAGGAUGGGGCAAUGGACAGUAGCCAAACCAGAGCUAAGAAGCAGGAUGGGGCUGUUGCCAUGGAAAUGCAGCCCCUGAAGAGUGCCGAGGGUGGGGAAAUGGAGGAGCGAGAAAAGAAGAAAACCAACGUACCCAAGAAGGAGAAGUCAGUUCUGCAAGGGAAGCUCACAAAACUGGCUGUGCAGAUUGGGAAAGCAGGGUUGGUGAUGUCUGCCAUCACUGUCAUCAUCUUGGUCCUCUACUUUGUGAUUGAGACCUUCGUCGUGGAUGGCCGGGUGUGGCUGGCAGAGUGCACACCUGUCUAUGUGCAGUAUUUUGUGAAGUUCUUCAUUAUCGGAGUCACUGUGUUGGUUGUGGCUGUCCCUGAGGGCCUGCCUCUUGCUGUCACUAUCUCCUUGGCUUACUCUGUCAAGAAAAUGAUGAAGGAUAACAACCUGGUACGCCACCUGGAUGCCUGUGAGACCAUGGGCAAUGCCACGGCAAUCUGUUCUGACAAGACGGGCACACUCACCACCAACCGCAUGACCGUGGUCCAGUCCUACCUAGGAGACACUCACUACAAAGAGAUUCCAGCUCCCAGCGCCCUGACCCCCAAGAUCCUUGACCUUCUGGUCCAUGCCAUCUCCAUCAACAGUGCCUACACCACCAAAAUACUACCUCCAGAGAAGGAAGGCGCUCUCCCACGCCAAGUGGGCAACAAAACAGAGUGUGCUCUGUUGGGCUUUGUCCUGGACCUGAAACGAGACUUCCAACCUGUACGGGAGCAGAUUCCAGAAGAUAAGCUUUACAAAGUGUACACCUUCAAUUCAGUCCGCAAGUCCAUGAGCACAGUUAUCUGCAUGCCUGAUGGUAGCUUCCGCCUCUUCAGCAAGGGAGCCUCAGAGAUCUUGCUCAAAAAGUGUACCAACAUCUUAAACAGCAAUGGUGAACUCCGAGGAUUCCGUCCUCGGGACCGGGAUGACAUGGUGAAGAAGAUCAUUGAGCCUAUGGCUUGCGAUGGCCUCCGCACAAUCUGCAUUGCCUACAGGGACUUCCCUGCAAACCAGGAGCCUGACUGGGACAAUGAGAAUGAUGUGGUGGGCGAUCUCACCUGCAUAGCUGUCGUGGGCAUCGAGGAUCCUGUACGACCUGAGGUCCCUGAAGCCAUUCGCAAAUGCCAGCGUGCUGGCAUCACAGUCCGUAUGGUGACUGGAGACAACAUCAACACUGCCCGGGCUAUUGCAGCUAAAUGUGGCAUCAUCCACCCAGGUGAAGACUUCCUGUGCCUGGAAGGAAAGGAAUUCAACAGAAGGAUUCGAAACGAGAAAGGCGAGAUAGAACAGGAGCGGCUGGACAAGGUGUGGCCCAAGCUGCGGGUGCUCGCCCGAUCAUCACCCACUGACAAACACACUCUGGUCAAAGGCAUUAUCGACAGCACAACCGGUGAGCAGCGGCAGGUGGUGGCCGUGACUGGGGAUGGCACCAAUGAUGGGCCAGCUCUCAAAAAGGCAGAUGUGGGCUUCGCCAUGGGCAUUGCAGGCACUGAUGUGGCCAAGGAGGCCUCUGACAUCAUCCUGACCGAUGACAACUUCACCAGCAUUGUCAAAGCGGUCAUGUGGGGUCGCAAUGUCUACGACAGCAUCUCGAAGUUUCUGCAGUUUCAGUUGACAGUCAACGUGGUGGCUGUGAUCGUGGCCUUCACGGGUGCCUGCAUCACUCAGGACUCUCCUCUCAAAGCUGUGCAGAUGUUGUGGGUGAACUUGAUCAUGGACACAUUUGCCUCACUUGCCCUGGCAACGGAGCCCCCAACUGAGUCACUGCUGCUGCGGAAGCCAUAUGGCCGGGACAAACCUCUCAUCUCACGUACCAUGAUGAAGAAUAUCCUUGGCCAUGCAGUCUAUCAGCUCACCAUUAUCUUUACCUUGCUUUUUGUUGGAGAGCUCUUCUUUGACAUUGAUAGUGGAAGGAAUGCACCCCUGCACUCGCCACCCUCAGAGCACUAUACCAUCAUUUUUAACACCUUCGUCAUGAUGCAGCUUUUCAAUGAGAUCAAUGCUCGCAAGAUUCAUGGUGAGAGGAAUGUCUUCGAUGGCAUCUUCAGCAACCCCAUCUUCUGCACCAUUGUCCUGGGCACCUUUGGAAUUCAGAUUGUCAUCGUCCAGUUUGGUGGAAAGCCCUUCAGCUGUUCCCCACUGUCCACAGAACAGUGGCUCUGGUGCCUAUUUGUUGGUGUUGGGGAGCUGGUCUGGGGACAGGUCAUUGCCACCAUCCCCACCAGCCAGCUCAAGUGCCUGAAGGAAGCAGGACAUGGGCCUGGGAAGGACGAGAUGACUGAUGAGGAGCUGGCCGAGGGAGAGGAGGAAAUCGACCAUGCUGAGCGAGAGCUCCGCAGAGGCCAGAUCCUCUGGUUCCGGGGCCUCAACAGGAUCCAGACACAGAUGGAGGUAGUGAGUACCUUCAAGAGAAGCGGGUCAUUUCAGGGUGCUGUGCGCCGGCGGUCUUCAGUCCUCAGCCAGCUCCAUGACAUCCGGGUGGUGAAAGCAUUCCGUAGCUCCCUUUAUGAAGGCCUUGAGAAACCGGAAUCCAAGAGCUGCAUCCAUAACUUCAUGGCAACGCCCGAGUUUCUGAUCAAUGACUACACCCACAACAUCCCGCUCAUCGAUGACACGGAUGUGGAUGAAAAUGAAGAACGCCUGAGGGUCCCGCCUCCCUCACCCCCUAACCAGAACAACAACGCCAUAGACAGCGGCAUCUACCUGACCACGCAUGCCACUAAGUCAGCUACCUCUUCAGCAUUCUCUUCCAGGCCUGGGAGCCCACUCCACAGCAUGGAGACAUCCCUCUAACCAGAAAUUCUCUCAUCACACAUGCAUACCUACAUGCACACAUGCACACAGUCACACACACACACACACACACACACACACACACAGUCACACAUGCACACAUGCACACAUAUGUGCAUGUACACACAGAGAGGGGAACCUUGCACCUGCCAAAGAGGGAAAACCUGCUAAAGAGGCUAAAGACUUUUCUUAUGUGGUAUUUUCAAGAAGCCAAUUGCAUUCGAUAAGAGCACGGCCCCACGAGGCUUCUCAUUAGGCUCCCAGGAGGUGGAGGAAGGAGGAAGAAGAAAAAGGGAGGAGAGGAAGUUCUUUACCCAAUGUGAAGGAAAAAAAAGAGAGCAUGAGACAAGAUGCACUUUCCAUCUUUUUUUUUUUCUACUGAUGCUUCUUUUUUAAAAAACACUAGUUCCACCAUGUGUUCACCAUUUGGGCUGUGCAGCAUGGCAGGGGCUAGCUGAGCCUAUUUGGAGCUUUACCAUAACACACACACACACACACACACACACACACACACACACACACACACACACAAAAGGAAGUCAUUGUGCAGACCGGCCACCGGAGGGAGCCACCUGCAAAGGUACCUUCUACUGCAAAGCACACUAGACCCAUCUGCAAAUCGCAUGUGUGUGCGUGUGUCUAUAUGUAUGUGUGUCUAUAUGCAUAUACAUAUAUAUAUGGCAAAUGCAUAUUUAAAGAAUAAGGAACUAUUUAUCGGCAUGAUAUUUCCAUUCCUCUCACCAGGCGUUUUCCUUUUGAAGUUUCAGUUUUGAAUGUAGCAAGGUUCUUUUCAGGGAACAAGACUGCAAGAACAUCCUUUCAGUACUGUACUUCCCUUCCCAAGCACCUGGCCUGAGGAUGUCCAUGCUUGACCCUGCUGAUUCCAGAGGAGGUAGUCUGGAAUGUGUUGUGCAAGAACCUUUGCACUUUGAGACCUCUGCCUACAGAGGAAAAAGACUUUUCAAUGGCAUUUUAUUUAAAAGGAAAAUACCAAAGUAUUGAUGACAGUAGCCCCCCGCCCCCCUCCAGUACAAAGCAAAGCAGGUUUUAGUUUUGGCUUUCUCCCAUUUCGUUUCCAACACCUUCAUUUUGGCUGAUGGCUUUCUUUGUCCAAGUUUGAAAGCAUGAAGAACCCUAGGAACAGCUGUGAAAGAGCAGAGACAGGCACCAGGCCUAACCGCUACAAAGGCCACCUGAGGAAGAGGGGUCAUCAAAAUCAAGAUGCCAACUGCAAGGACAGUCCAGGUUCAUCUCUGUCAUUCCUCUAGACUUGCACUUUGUGCUUUGGCAAAUGACAGUGAGUACUCAAAGGACCACCUCCGUGUCUCCCAAGUCAUGGUCGUGCCACCCACCAAAGCAUGCUUCCAACCCAGGUCUUCUUGCCCACAGGGAAAAUACAACCCAGAAGGCAACACUAUAGAAACAGAGCCUCAUGGGAAAAUGGCCUUUAUUACUGUUGUCAUUGCUGUUUUCUUGCUGGUGGCUCUUGUAGGCCUGUGGGGGGCUAAGCACAGGGUCUACAGGACUUGGGCCCACCUAGGCAGGUGAGGCUAGGAAAGCAAGGUCUGGGAUCCAGGAACCUAUCCCAUCAGUGUGGGCAUCCGCUGUGCCAAGCCUGCUUCCCUAGAAAAAGUGAUAACCUGGGGGAAGAAGGCAGAGGUGAGAGGUCUAAUGUCUGCUGCCCUGCAGGGAAGCCCAAGCUGAUGAGUCUCUUUCUAGUGGAAAACUGACCCUCCCCAUGUGCUUCUAGGUCCUGAAUCUGGACACCCAUAAUGACACCAGUGAAAUGGGCAGCAUCCUGCCCUUGAGGUUCCUUCACCUUCUGAACUUAUGAGUGUCACACUUUGCAGAAAGAUGUCUAGAAUCUCACUCCACUCCCACACAUGCUUGUCACUUGGCCCCGAGGUUUUCUGGCAGGAGACAGAUGUGAGCUGAGAGAUGGAGGGUAAGGACAGACAUCCUCAGGAGCUGCAUUUGCCCCACUCCCAUCCCACACUACCACACAGAAAGCUUGUCUCAGCUCCCAGGCAUCCACACAAAAUCUAAUGGAAAUGUGCUUUGUCCUCACUGGUCACACCAAUGCCAUGUCACCCCUGAACAGGAUAGUCACAUCUCGGGCAAAAGAAUUUCAGUUACAAGAGAAACUCCACUUUAAAAUGCCAGCUACAGAUCACUUAAAGCCAUCCCUUUUUUUCUAAAGGGCAUAUUGAGAAUGUUUCCCAUUUGUAAAUUGUUCCCUGAUGUCCUUGUUUAAACCACCACAACAAAAGGGCAACUUGGCUAGCUGAGGGUCUUUGUGUUCUUCAACAAGAAAUCAACAUGUGGAGGAUUGCAGUUGAAGCGGGUCAGCUGUGUCUAGCUACACUCAUGGGCUUCUUGUCAUCCUCUGUUGUAGACACACAGAUAGAGCAAAUGACAACUAUAUAUUAAAAAGCCAACCCUCAAUGCUGCUGUGUAAAGUUGCCUGGUGUCAAUGUCGACUGUGUGAUACCCAGGCUGCCUUUGUGCUGAGCUGUGGGGUUCAGAAAAGGCCCUGGAACCCGACAUCAUCUGUUCUGGUUCUUGUACAGUCUUCAGACCGAGAGACCUGUCUCACUGGAAGCUUCUCUUUAUAAAGCAUUAUACUGUACGGAAUGGCUUGGUCAACUGUGUUCAGUUCAUAAAUAUGUUUUACAUUUUUAUCUGCUUGUUAUAAAAAUGAACAAAAUAUCUUAAUAAGAAACAUCACAGAUGCAUAAGAAAUUAAAGUCUGUAGUUGAAUUUCUUAAUUUAAAGAAUAGACCAAAUUUUCUGUGUAUAAAAAUAUGAAAGGCCCCUACAAUCUU